UGAUGCAUUUCGCGCCAUUUGUUGUACUUUAUUUUGGUUUUAACGACGCACGACUUGAAUUUCAGUCUAUUGUUAAUAACUACAAUGACUACCUUAAUAGAACAGUUAAUUACGAAAAUGGGCCUAAGGGAGGAGCCAAACGUGCUAGAGAAAACCACCGAACUAGUACGCCUCCUGGAACUGCGCUCCACGAAUGUCCCUCUGCAGAUCAAUGAGUACGGAAAGAUAGUGCUGUGUGCGGAUCUUGCUUCCUGCAUGAUUGGCAUCUUGUUCGACAAGGAGCAGGCACUGAAAUUGUCCGGAUUGCGCAAGAGCCACUACCUCAACAACAAGCGGAUGUUCGAGAAGCUAUUGGACCUAAACAAAUUGGCUAGCGUGAAUGACAUCUGUGUCCAGCUGGGUCUCAACGAAGUUGCCCGCAAGGCGGAGGAGCUUAUGACUCUCUUCAAGGGCGUAGCGGCCACCGAGGACACGGGUACCGACACCAGCCAUCCUCAGUACGCCACCAUGGCCGUGUUCCAGGCCUGCCGCCUGCUCAAAAAGAAGGUUUCGAAGUCAAAGCUCAUGCCCUUCAGUAAUCUUCGACCUUCCCAGUUUCAGCUGCUCGAGCAGCAGUGGGAACGCAUGAUAGCUAAGCACCACAAGGAGAGCAAAGUACCAUCCAGCACCGAUAUGGAUGGUAAACUUAAGGAGAACCAGAAUGAGAAUAUCCAGGGUCAGGUGGCAAAGAAGGCAUAUAAGCCUCCAGCGGAGGACUACGAAAUAUGGAAGGCUCGAAUGUUGGCCAAGGCGCAGGCCAAAUUGAAGGAAUUGGAAGCAGCCCAUUCGCAUAUGGAUAGUCAGCUUUCCGAGAAUUAGGCAUAUAUAUUUU